AAUACUCAACUUUUUUUUAUAUAACAUAAUAAUUUAACAUAAAAACUAACCCUUUAAAUGAACAUUCUAUAAGAACCUUACGGGAAUGUUGGCCAAAGAACAUUUCCUCAUAAAGGCAUUGUGUUUAACUUAAUUCAUAACAUGCCCAUAAUUCCAUCCGCCCAGAACAAAGCUACUUGCUAGGAACCCUUAACAAUGGCAUUUAUAAAAUAGUCUCUGUCUGUCUCUGCAGAACAGCAUAUGCCACUGUUGACUCAUGAUUUCAGAUUACGGGAACAUUAGGAUCCACCCGUGACCCGGAAACAUUUCAUUCUGUCUGAUAAAAAUACCAAAACUAUUUAGGCAGUUCAAUGUGUUUGAAAGACAUUUAAUUAUCACUCUAUGAUUUAAAAAACCAUAGAGUGAUAAUUCAAGAAAAAAUGUACGUCUUUAUCAGUAGAUGCAAUUUUUAAAAUGCAUUUUAAAUUGUACAUGAAAUCAGUUGCUGUGCACAAAACUAGACUUUCUGAACACUUGCAUAGCAGUCAGUUACGUUCGAACAUGCAUUCGAAUAAACAAUAAACUGAAAUAUGUUCUGCCUCGUUUUUAGGCUAUUAGGGCACAUUUUUUACCGUAAAGGAGUGGUGAUGUUAUUGUAUUGUAAUCAGUGGGAAGUGUGCCAUUGCUGUCAAUGUGUUUAUUUACAUCAGAGCAAUUUUGUGGGUGGAGUUUAAGGACAGUAGCUAUAUUAAUUAACUCAUAACUCAUGUGUUCAUUUUUGUGGUUCGGUAGCAAAACAAAACUUGAAAGAUGUUUAGAUGUAUUAUGUUUAUUGGAUUGGCUUUGCUGACCGAUAGAUCGGUACCAACAGCUGGAGGAACAUCCACAUCUCCAUCGACAAGCGUAACAGCACCCGACUCGACAUGUGUAAUAGCUACGGCGACAUCUGUAGCACAAUUGAGAAGAAAUCCUGCUCCGACAUGCAUUUUAGCUACAGCAACAUCAUCUGCAUCUCCCUCUGCAGUCACUGAACCGGCAUCAACGACUGAGCCGAGUUUGAGUUCAGUCGCGCUUACGUCUACCACGACGUUAACAUCUCCUCCUGCUUCUCAAACGACAUCUUCAACUCCACCAAGCCAGUCUACGACUUUGUCUCCAGACGCUGUCCCACAAACAUCUGCGUAUGCGGCUUUCCAACUGAGAUCCUCUGUUGAGCUUAGCAGUGAUGAAAUCAUUGCUCAUGUUGAAAAGUUUGUCGAGCACUUUCAAGCCAACUUUAGCGGGGCCGUAAAGAUUACUUUGAAGAAGUCGGAAAAACUGUUGGCGUAAGGUUACGUCAGGUUAUGUAACGUAUCUCCGUCGUCGAUCGCAUUCGUGAGGUUUUGGACUUCUCGCUCAAUGCCUUCUGUGAAGACACUUCAUAUUUUGACGUUCAGUGGUUCUGAAAAUGCAAUAAUAUAUUGAACAUGCAUGCAAAGUUUCCACAUGGGUUUUGACAUGUCCAAAAAAAGUUGUUCGUACCGUGCCCGGGUCAAUUUGACCCGCCUAUUUUUAAAAAAUAACAUUUUUUCUGUCUAUCUGAAAUACUAUUUAACUUUGUUGUUGUUGUUUGUCCCACUUUUUGUGCAUAGACAUAAAAAUGACUUUUGUGGCUACAAUUGUUCCCAAACUUAAAUACGUCAGAGCGCAAAAUUAGGAUUGGUGUCUUUUUAAAGAUAAAACCUCACCAAUUUAUAAGAGUAAAUAAGUGAUAGAAGUUUAAAUGUAUAAUAAUUUAAUAUGUAUCAUAUAAAUGUAAAUAUAUAGCAUAUUUUACAAAACAUAUUUACAACUAAAUCUUCAAGUAAAUCAAAGCCAUAUCAUUUGAGCAAAGUUGUGCACAAAAGUUUAGGUUGAUAUCUAAAAAAAAUUACUUUUGUGGAAAUAACGGCUAAAAACAUGAUAGAUUCAGAUAUUCGUUAUUUGACAUUUAUGAAAACUACCAAUAUUAGAUGUUUAUUGAUUGCACUUGACUGUAUGUUUGUUGGUUUUCUUAUAUUUUGUGACGUUAUGAAACCUGUUUUCGAACAGCAGACGAGGGUCAAUGUGAAAGAACCUUUAUCCAGAAGAAAAAAAUCCUUAAUAAAAGCUUUUUUUUUUUAAAAAA